AUGAGUGUUGUUGCCAGUAGACCCGAGACUCCUGCUGUGCCAGACACCGUCCCCCCGAAUUGCAACGAUUUCCCCGUAACCAUCCAGCCCGUGGCAUCUCGAACUUCCUCUGUUUCCUCCUACCGAACCAACUACAGCACCUCGACAACCCCGACGACAUAUUCGCCUUCCUCUCCCGCCUCUUCCUAUCGCCAGUUUGACUCAGUCGGCUCUCUUCCCAAAUUCGCAGAGCCCGUCCAGCGUCGAGUUCCUCAGGAGGUCUACGAUGUGAUUCUCAACCAUCUCGAACAUUUGCACAAAGAUCCGCAUCAGGCGGGUUGUACCACCUGCUUCCAGCGCGAUCUCCAUGCCUUGUCCCUGACUUGUCGGUCGUGGGAGAAGGCGGUUCGGGGUCGACUGUAUAACCGUAUUCACAUUGUCGGAAAUGACUCCCCCGCCCAAUUGAAGAAAUAUCGUAUGAAGAGAGGGAGUCGCUUGAAGCUGCUGAGACGGACGCUGCGCGAGCGCAAGUUGCUGGCCAAUCUGGUUCGCGAACUCCGGGUUCCUCAGCUGGAUCUGCUCUUCACGAGUACCAAACAAAGUGCGCAAUGGCAGGACUAUCGGGAUAUGGUGGCAUCCGUGGUCAUGGUCUGUCCGAACUUGGAACGCUUGCUGGGCCUGUCCAUCCCCUACCACCACGAAUUCGAUCGCUUGACCCAUGCUCUGUCGACGCGAAAAAGACUGAAGGAACAUACGUGGAUUCUGGGCGAGGCGGCCGAAGUAGCUGAAGUCUCUCCCCGCAGCACUUCUUGCCCGGGCAGCUUGGGUCCUUCGCAGAUGUUCGAAUUCCUUAACUACCAUGCCUCCUGGUCGAACCUCGAGACUUUGAUGCUCUACGACCUGAACGAUCAGGGCGCGCUGGAGCCCAGCAUCUUUUUGCGCAUGCUUGACCUUCUGCCCUCCUUGCGGAAUCUCUGUAUUUCUUCGUUCAAAGAAGACGCGGUUGCAGACAACACCUUGUUAUGUCUGCCAUCCCUCGAAUCAUUGCGCCUGGAGAACCUGCCCGGUGUCACCGAUACCGGUCUUACACAGUAUACCUCACGGCCCGAAUCGCGGUCGCUCAAGUCGCUGGUCUUGGUGGAACAGAAUGUGGAGUCGCUGCUUGCGAUUUCCAAGAUUCUAGCGUCCUUGACCCAGUUGGAACGAUUCAAGAUUGUCCAGCCAGAAAAAUGCCCGACAUUGCCCAACGAAGGCAUGAUCUUCCAGCCCAUCUUGGCAUCAUCCAGUCUCAAAUACCUCCACUGGGAUGUCGCAUGUCCAGACUCCGGCACCGCGCUCACCCAGCUCGACUCUCUCCCAUUCCAGAAAUCCUCCAAACCUUCGGACGCCCCUAAUUACCACCUUGCCCAAAGCAUUCUCUCUGCUGGAUUCCCUCGUCUUGGGACUCUCCGCGCCCCCUCCGACGUGGAGCCCCCCGGCGCGCUCCAGGCUGUUUGCCGGCCGAUCACCAAAGGCCAGGCGCUUCUCCGACCCGAUCGAUAUAGUCUGCCUCGCAGCUCCCACGGCUCGGUCAACACUCGACCACUCGCCCUGCCAGCCGGGAACAACCUGACCUCUUCCCGGAUUCGCGCACAGACCUUCAUCGACAUGGCCGCCAAAGACACAGAGGAGGGUAUGCCAGUCGUAAUUCAGGAUUACUCCGACGGAUUUGUGCCCGAUAACGCGGCGUUGGGUUCCUUGGACGAGGAACCCGAGCAAGAGAUAGACGACUAUGGAAUCUGGGCUGCCUACGAGCGGUACAAGAAUGAAAUCCCAGACGAGAAUCACGACGGACCCAAGACAAUCUAUGAGUUCCGUAUGCCAACCUUCAUGGGUCGUGCGGGACUCAAGGAUCCUGUGACAGGGGCGUCCAUCCCCCGAUUCCUGCUGCGCCCUGAUAUCUCCGGACAAGAAUCUGAGGGUGGCUUGAUUGGGUGGAAGCAAUUGCUUGCUUCCAACCAGUCUCUUUCCUACGCCGCAGGAGUCGGCGUGAAUUGCUUCGGCGACAAAACCACCCCCAAACCGCCGCCCGAGGACCCGCCGUCACCGGCCACCAGUACACCGCGUUUCGGUUGGGGCAGUCUUGGAAGUCGGUCUACGACGAGUACGGCCCCGGCAACACCCACCACCCCCAUCACUCCCAUGAGCUCCACGUCGUCUCCGGCCCUGCCGUGGGAGAAGGAUACGUGCACUGGCUCCUGGAACCACAAGAUGGGCCGGGACUGGUGGUUUCACAUGGAGCGCGAUCGUCCAGGCAACUCGGACCUGAUCGACGUGAAACAGCUUUUUUAA